AUGGCCCACACCUACUAUAAAACGCUCGCAGUAGCUUUUCUGAUUGCAUCUUUCGCUUCACAGUCGCUCGCCGGGUUCAUGGGCGGAGCGUCGACCUUCGCACCUGCUGGCGGGGCGAUCAUCAAGGCAUGGAACGCGGCCAAGCCGGGAAUCUCCCAGGACGUUGUUGCAUACGACUCUGUGGGAUCAGGCGCCGGAAUCACCGGCUUCAACGGCGGAACCUACCUCAUUGCCGUCUCCGAUGAUCCCAUGACCGCCGCGCAAGAGGGCGGCGUCGUCGCUAGCGGGAAGAUCACCGUGCCGCUCUGCGUCUCCACCUUCAGCUUCUUCGUCAACGGAAAGCCCGGAAUCGUGCUCACGGCCACGCAGACGUUCCAGAUUUACAGCGGCGCCAUCUCCGCCUGGUCGGCCGUUCCCGGCGCGGUCGGCAAGGUCGCGGGCACCAUUACUCCCGUGGGGCGCAGCGACAAGUCCGGCAGCACCGCCAUUGUCAAGACCAUGUGGUCUAAGGCUGUGUCCGGGUACAGCGGCGGCACGGACGGCACGGCCAUGGCUUACGCCGGCGUCACCAAGGUGGAGGGCACGAGCGCCGUGUGCGCCGCGGUGCUGAAAACCAGGGGCGCGAUUGGCUACGCUUUCACCGGCGGCUGCAGCGUCGUGCCUUUCAACGCCAGGAAGCCCAACAACCCGAAGCGCGUGAUCGCCGCGCUCAAGAACGCCGCCGGCGUCGCCGUCGCGCCGCCGUCGUGGGUCCCCGGCGCGGCGCUCGUGGGCGCGCCUCCCGCAGCCGACGGGUCCUGGAGCAACGUGGAUUUCAUCUGGAAGGGCGGAGCGAAGACCCCUGCGAUGGUGUCCAUGGAAUACGGGUUCAUCCGCAAGUCGCUGACUGGCGUGACUGGCGGGAAGAUCGCCAAGGCGUUCAUGCAGUUCAUGAUCGGGAAGCUGGCCAAGGGUGGGUAUGGGUUCAAUGCGGUGCCUGCGGGUUGGAGGAACCCGUCCAUUGCCAUGGUGAACGCCAUUGCUGCGUAG